AGGUAGCAAAAUGAGUGGAGCAAAAACUUCCAUCUUACUGGUACUUCUGGUUUACCAGUGUCCAACUGUCAUGCUUGGGCGAGACUGUACUUGGUUAUAUGAGGAUGUCAGGGCCGGACAGGAAUUUUAUCCCACACCAUGUGUACGCUGCAAUUGCUCAGAGACGGGGAUGGUCACGUGUACUUCACUAUGCGAGCUGCCAACAUGUGUUGAUCAAAUAACAAGAGAAGGAGAGUGUUGUCCAAUCUGUCCCAAUGGCCCUAAUUGCUAUGUGGGAGAUAAAAUAAUUCCUGCUGGAAAAGCUGUUAAGAUAGACCGCAAGGUGUGUAGGUGCCCAGACCCUUGGCCUGGUGACGGAUAUUUGCAUACGAUAGCCGAUUGUCGGCCAGACGGUUGUUUCUAUGAGAAUGGUUCAUUCUAUCGCUCUGGAGAACACUUCGAACCGUCACCGUGUAAGUUUUGUACUUGUCCGCUAGAAGGAGGGGAGGUUAUAUGUUACGAGACCACUUCCUGUUUCGAACCAUGUGUGGACGGUGUAACGCAUCCAGAUAAGUGCUGUCCCUCAUGCCCCAAUGGUUACAACUGCUAUUACGGCGAUGAGAUUGUCCCAGGUCUACCUGGUGACAAGUUUGAGCGGGAUGGUAAGACUUGCCAGUGUCCGAAAAAGUUCUGGCAGUCGUCACAAGCCGAGUGCGUUGAUUAACCAAUAUUACCUGCAAGAGCAAAGAAAUAGUAAACAAUCUGUUCUUGGAAAAACCGAUUUCCCUUCUUGCCCAAUCUUUUCAGACAGGUCUUGGGCCAUUUUCAUAAAUCGCAAGUUGUAUUUCUCGUAAACUGUGUCGGAAAACACGUUGUCAUAAGACGAAGUAAUACGAACAAUGUUACGCAAGAUCCAUUAUGAUAAUAUGGGCCCUUGUGUGUAUGUGGGGUUUUGCUGAUGCAAAGGGUAUACAGAAGAAUACCAAAGAAAGCAAAACCUGUUCUGAAUUUUCUGUCGUACGUCUUAUAGUACCAAAAACGAAUAAGUAGAUGAGCUGAUUACAGUAGUGUUUGGCAGUUGACAAAUAAACUUAAACAGUUCAUACUUGACAUAUAUACGUCGCAAGGUCUACAAUUUUGUGCCAUCAAAUAUCUGCUAUUUAUUGUCGCAGAUUUUCUUCCAUCGGUGGCCUUUGCGGAAUUGAUAAUUCACCUACAAAAUGAGUUCUUACUAGAUAAUAAAAAUAAACAAAGGUGGUACACUGGCUGCAGAUCCAUGAUCUGGUGUCCCGGAUUUCCUUCCUUCGGUCAUUUUUACAGAAAAGCCAAUUAAACUGCCAACUGAGUAUCAGUUGCUAACUGCAAAUGAAUAGUCCUACAUGUAAGAAAACGUACACCAUCAGAACGUCCACAAUCUGGUGCAACGGCUUUCUUUCCAUAAUCUGAUGGCGCUUACCAAAUUACUGCACGUGGGUGACAUACUACAUGACUAACACGUAUAGAAGAUCCACAUUUAGGUAUCAAAGAUCAUCUUCCUUCGUCUGUUGGCCAUCGUGGAAGUGCUAGUUGGAAAUAGACACAUGUAAAAAAUGUGGCAUCAAAGCUGCUUAAUGACGUGCUGAAGGGUGAAGAGAUACAGACAGUUCAUAUUUUGGUAUAGGAACACCGUAUCACAGUGGCUAUCAGUCGGCAGUGUUCAGAGUUCAUACCUAUUACCAGCAUGCGCCGUCAAAAGGUCUGCAAUCCAGCCCCCGAAUAAAGAUUUUUCUCAGGCGUUAGGUGGGUACGGGGGUAUAUAUACAAUGUAUUUUUAUAUAAAAAAAUUUAACCUUAUUUUAUCUAAACAUAAAUGCAGAUUGGGGUUUUAUUGGGGCUACUCUUUACCCACAGAGAAUUUGAUUAACUUGGAUCAUCCCUGUUUAUAGCCCACACGUGGAAUGCAACAAUUUAAGCAUAAAAUGGGUCUAUCAUCAAAGACCACAUAAAAAAUAAAACAUAUGCCAAACGA